CCGGAGAUUUACUCUUCAGUUUGUUCCUCUUCGCGGCGCCUUCUUCAUCUGCUGCUCAGAUUGAGGAAAAGUUGGGCAGAAGACUGAGUGUUCAAUGUGGAAGCAUCUAAACGGCUAGUUCUGAAUCCAAACAUCCAUUGAAUUUGGUUUUGUUGCACAAACAGCAAAGUUAAACAUCAACUUACAGAAAUAAGAACAAAGAUGGAACCAAACAACCAAACUUGUCAGUCGAUCGUCAAAGAGGAGGUUCUGGCAAAAGGCAAAUGGGCCCAACUUUUACAGACAACCUACAUCGAUCCUGCUGGCAAAACCAGGGUGUGGGAAACAGUGAAAAGAACAACCAGGAAACCGGAUAGUAACUGUGACGGUGUGGCUAUACUGGCUGUGCUAAAAAGGACUCUCCAUUAUGACUGUUUGAUCAUGGUGAAACAAUUCAGACCGCCCAUGGGAUGCUACUGCCUGGAACUACCUGCUGGUCUCGUCGAUGACGGUGAAACUGCAGAGGGAGCAGCCUUGCGGGAAUUGCUGGAGGAAACCGGAUACAAGGGAGAGAUCAGUGGGACCAGUCCAGUUGUCUGCCUGGAUCCAGGGUUGAGCAACUGCACAAUGCAGUAUGUGUCUGUGAAUGUUAAUGGGGACGAUUCAGAAAACAUCAAACCCAAACAGAGGCUGGGUAAACAUUUUAUCUUCUCAGAAUUUGUUGAAGUUAUUUUAAUUCCUAUGAAUGAACUUCGAAAGAAAAUUGACGAAAUGCUCCAAAAGGAAAAUAUUAUCGUGGAUUCCCGAGUUUACAUCUACGCAUUGGGUUUGACACAUGCAACUUCCAAGCCGGAUGUGUUGCCUGUUUUGAAAGCAUGAAGGGAGAAAGAUCUCCUUGUCUGCAGGUAAAGCAGCUGUCAGAGAAAACGGUAAAGGAGGAAGACACUCCGCGUGGAGAUAUUUAACCCCAUUUUUAUAAUCUGCUGUGUACAAAGAAACAUUUUCCUAUAAUAUUAAGCAUUGAUAAAAUUAUCUAGUUUUAGGGUUAGACAUAGGGUAUCAAGGUUACAAGGCAGCCUUAUUUUCAAAGGAAGUGUACUGUUGACAUUUUGUCAAAUCUGUAGCUGUUCACUCAGGAUUUGCAAGGAAUGAGCAUGCACAGAGUUAGGGUUAGAAUUAUGUUCUGUAAUAAAAAAUCUCUCCAUAGUGCAAUUAUAAAACUGUCAGAUUUGCACCAAUGAUGCAAUAAGUUGCGUGUGGGUUUGAUAAAUAACCUUACAGACCAGGGUGAGUUUGACGCUGUGCAACUGAAUGCAAUUGUAGCGUUUUCGUGGAAGAAAUGAUCUGAUGUGGAAUUCAAAAGAUUGCUUAAAACUCUGGAUAUCCUGUGAUAGGAUAUAAUUAAAUCCAAGGUAUGGAGACGCAAACUAUAUCACACCAAAGUGGAAUUAUUUAAGUCAAUUGGGUUUCUGUAUAUAAUGGGUUUCUGAUACCAUAUUCAAGCUGCUGAGGAAUGCACAGGAUAAAUUUCCCUUCGCCCUUUACGAAGUUCAAACUCCCUUGGUGGAGGAGCAUCUCGCACUUCCCUCAGCUUCCCAUUAUCGAAACCACUUUACCAUCGGGCUGUUCUAGCUGAUGUACCGGUGCGGUGGGAGGAGUAGUGUACUGUCUGUGAUGAUAUCUUCUGGAUGAGGCAGUAAGUUGAGGCUCAAUUUACACUCAGACAGAGGUAGAAGAUUCCACAGCACUACCUCGUGUCCCUGAUACCCUGACCAACGUUUAUGCCUCAUCAACAGAUCUGGUCAUUAAAUCAAUGCUAUGCACAAAUUGGCUGUCACGUUUCCAACCUUAGAACACUGCCUUCCCUUCGGAAGCACUUGUGGCUGAAGAGCACUGCAGAACGUCCUCUGGUGCUAAACCAUGCUAAAGAAAUGCAAAAACUAAACUGCUGGAGGAACUCAGCAGGUCAGGCAGCAUCUGUGGAGGCAAAGGGAUGGCUGACGUUUCGGGUCAAGACCCUGAUACGUCCCUCUGCCUCCACGGAUGCUGCCUGACCCACUGA